AUGGUGCUCUCCAGCCGAAAUGUCCAUGAAGCCGGCAUACCAAUUUAUGAUAAUCAAAUAUGCGUAGUUAUGGUUGGUCUACCAGCGAGGGGAAAGUCCUUGAUUGCUCAAAAAGCCUGUAGAUAUCUCAGGUGGCUCUCGGUUGAUGCCAAGGUCUUCAAUGUCGGGUGCUACCGUCGCAAGCAGGCGGCAAAACCUCCAGCUUCCUUUUUUGAUGUCAACAAUCCUGAAGGCGAACGUAUGCGCCGUGCUGCCGCCGAGGAGGCCAUGAAGGAAAUGCUGCUUUGGUUUCAGGGAGGUGGAACAAUCGCCUUUUUCGACGCUACAAAUAGCUCCAAGUCGCGCAGGCAAUGGAUUAAGAACGAGUGUGAUGCCAAUGGAAUCGAGACUCUAUACGUAGAGAGUAAGUGCGAUGAUGAGGAACUUAUCAUGAGUAAUAUUCUCGAAGUAAAAACGACCUCGCCUGAUUAUGAUGGUCAAGACCCAGAGGAAGCGGCAAGAGAUUUUCGUGAUCGAAUUUCCAACUAUGAGAAGGUCUACGAAACAAUCGGGGAAAGUGAAAACCAUCUAACAUACGUCAAAAUUUUGAAUGUGGGCAGGCAAGUAAUCAUUAACCUAAUCCAAGAUUACUUGCAGAGUAGGGUGGUAUACUUCAUGAUGAACCUACACAUCAAGCGCAGGUCAAUUUGGCUAUCGCGCCACGGAGAAUCCCAGUGGAAUGUUCUAGGAAAGAUAGGUGGAGACGCAGAAUUAUCAGCCCGUGGCGAAGAGUACGCUCGUUUACUCCCAACGCUAGUCGAUAAAUCAUUACAGGGAGAAGAACAUCCUCUAACUAUCUGGACAUCAACUCUCAAGCGUACUAUAGCAACUGCUCGACAUCUUCCGGUAGCCUACAACCAGCUUCAGUGGAAAGCCCUCGAUGAGCUCGAUUCAGGCGUAUGCGAUAAUAUGACCUAUGCCGAAAUCAAGGAAGAGUUUCCCGAAGACUUUGAAGCUCGAGAUCAUGACAAGUACAACUACCGUUAUAGAGGUGGAGAAUCGUAUCGGGAUAUUGUGACUCGAUUAGAGCCAAUUAUUAUGGAGCUCGAGCGUUCGGAGAACAUUCUCAUUGUAACUCAUCAAGCCAUCCUUCGCUGCAUCUAUGCCUACUUUAUGAACAAGGACCAUGUCAAAUCUCCUUGGAUGAACGUCCCGCUGCAUACACUUAUAAAGCUCACUCCAAACGCCUACGGUUGUGAGGUGGAGUUAUUUAAGACUGAUAUCGCCGCUGUGUCUACAUGGAGGGGUAAAGGCAGUGUUGCUAAGCACGAAGAUCCUACCGAGGGCACAGUCACAAUGGGUGUUCAUGCUGAAGUCGAAGCUGAUGCCGCGACCGAACCCAAGCCCCCAACCAAAAAUCUAGCAAAUAUUAGCCUGGAUGAUAUUAAAGAGGAACAAUAG